AGUACAAAUUGGUUGCGUCGAAAGGGGCAACUAUUUUGCUCCGCCGAAAGUUAUAUUUUUGUCCAGUUUUUCGCAUUCGCCCCGCACUUGUUGAAUUCUUUCCUGUGGCCAUACUUCAAUAGAGACGUGAACGGAACCGCAGCCCCACCGUCGAUGAACCAGUGAGCUCGGCAAGCGAUGUGGAAAUAUGUUUCCCGUCGUAUACGAGAUGUGUACGACAAGACCGCCAAUGUCCUAGAAGUACGGCGCACCUGGAACUGUGGACCGGGGGAGCGGUUCUGUGUGGAAAAACCAUCGGAAGAGGGUGCGCCAACCGGAAGCGACGACCAUGGGGCGAAUGGAAGGCGCUACUGCUUGCUGCACGUUGUCCGGCCCAUGCGCCAGCUGGACCGCGGGCCACGCAAGGAGUACGGAACCGGAUCAAAUCAGUCCGAUCAGGAGGGCUUCCAUCGGCAGGAGCCACCGUUCCAGUUCCAGCACUCGUGGUAUGGAGCAAUAACAUGGACAAGCGCCAUUAUCUGCGGCUGGUACGCGAGCCAGUUGAUGUGUCUCAAUCGGCGGACACAGCGGCUGGACCAUCGCGGAGGACGCUGCUUUUCGUCGCACCUACUUCGCACCGCUUCGGCCGAACACGGCCGUCUGCCGGCCCGCCAUUGUAAGGUGCUGUCGGCAUUGUUUGGUCGGAAAGCGGGCACUGCUAACGCUUCACCUCGCUUUGACGGACCACCGCCGCCUCCCAUCGCAGAGCCGAAGGACCACCAACAACAUCAGCACCACCGUCACCGUGGUGUGCGUCCUUCAUUCGGUGUCUUCGGUGGUCUUCCGUUCGGUGAGUUCGUUGAUUACACCGAUCCACACAAAACCGUGCUGCAAAACUUCGCGUACCGUAUCAACAAUGAGCGGAAACCGACGACUGGUGCUGUUUACGUGCCGGAAGAGGUACCCGUCAGCGUUAGCGCCGCACCGGUUAAACCGGAAGCCGUGCCCCACGCACAGCCGGAAACUGUCGAAUCAGCGUUCGGGAACUUGCUCUCCGUUUUGGGGGAGAUUGAGUAUCAGCUGGGCUGCCGGAAUCUGGAACUGGGCGAGUAUUCCGCAGCCGUUUCCCACCUGAAGCUUGGUGCCAGUCAUCAGCACGCCGGUGCAGCGUUCAAUUUGGGCAUUUGCUAUGAACAGGGCUAUGGCCUGUCGAAGGAUUUGCAUAUGGCCAUGGAGUGCUAUCAGCUGGCCGCCGAUCAGGGCCACCCGCAGGCGAUGUACAACCUGGGCGUGUUUUACGCCCGUGGAAUCGCCGGUCUACGUCCGAGUCGUUCGAUGGCCAAAAAGUGUUUCCUCGCCGCUGCCGAGCUCGGUCUGGAGGAAGCAAUCCGGGCCCUCGGACCGAAGUAUCGUCCACCGCAGCUAGCUAGGCGUCCCAGCGUUGACCAGCCUUCGGUCAAUUUUACACUCGUAAACAUCAACGAUCAGUUUCACGCCGAGAAGCGCAACGAAGAUUGGUCGCAGCUGCAUCUUGUGGCCGCCAGAGGAUAGUGAUCCUGUUAUUGGUAGUACCGGUACCUGAUGUCCACAGGUAUAUGGUGUAAUGCUACGCUUUUUUCCUGCCGUCAGCUUACACAUUGGAUUUUUUUUAUUGGCCAGAAGCAAUUAGACUUCGCAGGAAAAAGGCGACCUAUUUUGUAUUUUCAUCAUCUCAUGGUGUGUGUUUAUUUUUUGUUUAAUUACUGGUCCAGGAUCCAAGAUCCUCGGUUUGAAAGUCAAUAAAGAGGUUUACUAAAGUAA